CAUGCCAGAGCCCGGCUGCAUCUCCGCAUCUGAGGGCAAAUCUGCUCUCAACUCAUCCUGCCCUGCACCGCCGACCAGAGAAACAACAAUGGACUGACGGAACACAAACACAGCACGAGAGAGACGGAGGAAGAGAGAAAGGGAAAGAGAGAGCGAGAGAAACGCCGCCUUGUUUUUGAAGCAUGCACAUAUUCUCUGGACAUAAACUCCUCGGGUUCAUAUUUGCAGAGCGGGACGGAUCGAGUGACCACAACGCCUUUGGAAAGGGGGAUGCCACAGCAAAGCAGUGAUAGCAGGAGGAUGCUUCGAUGCGAGCGGUUAUUGCAGUGCAUCUCCUGUAAGAUGGACGAGACAUUUUGGGGCUAAAGAACUGGCGACUUAUCACGUUGCGAAGGAAAUAUGUUUUGCAACUGCCGUGGGCUGUUCUAGAGGAUCAAUCUUCCCUGGCGUCAUUCCUCGCUUGUAAUAUGUAGCUCAAACGACCGCAGAGCGCGUGCAGCUGUUUCUCGGCUUGUGAAGCCCAUAAAAACAUCCCUCAUCACCGGCUGGAGCAGAGCGCCGUGGCAGCCAGCAACCUUCCCCACCUUGAGUCUCGAUGUGACGGGACAGAUGCCCCGCUAAGAAGUGAGCGCAGCCUCGAGAGCUGUCCGUGGUGCUGAAGGGAUCCGGCUGCUACUCGGGUCUCCACGAGUUGACCUUCUCUCCCGAGCAGAAAACCAUCCUCCCGCAACACACAGUAAGGUGGCAAAGCAGGCCACCGCACAUGGACAGUUGCUGGGCUUGACUGAGUCAGCCAGACAAUAUUCUCUUUCAUGGCAGUGGCACGCAAAAUCAAAACUUUGCUGACCGUCAACAUUUUAGUGUUUGUGGGGAUUAUCCUGUUCUCGGCGUACUGCAGGAUCGCGGACCGAUCCGAGGAGCUCAUCCAGAUAGGGCGUAUGUCCGACCAGAGGCUGCGAGCCAGGAAUGGCAAAGUUUCCAACUUGGUGGACAGGCAGUCUAUUCUCCAGAGGCUGGAGAGGCUGGAGGAUGUGGUCUACAACCAGCUAAACGGUUUGGCGAAGCCCAUGGGGCUCGUUGAGGGACCCGGAGGCCUUGGCCAAGGGGGAGCUGCCGCUACUCUGGGAGAGGACAGUCAUGAUAUCGAGGGGAAAUACGAGGAGUACGGCUACAACGCUCAGCUCAGUGACCGCAUCUCCCUGGACAGGAGCAUCCCCGACUACAGGCCUAAAAAGUGCAAGCUGUUGACGUACCAAGAGGACCUUCCUCAGAUCUCUGUGGUCUUCAUCUUUGUGAACGAGGCCCUGUCAGUGAUCCUGCGCUCCGUCCACAGUGUGGUCAACCACACACCAGCACACGUGCUCAAGGAGAUCAUCUUGGUGGACGACAACAGUGACAGCGUGGAGCUGAAAUUCAACUUGGACCAGUAUGUGAACAAACGCUACCCGGGCCUGGUGAAGAUCGUGAGGAACAGCAAGCGGGAGGGCCUGAUCCGAGCCAGAAUACACGGCUGGAACGCGGCCACUGCUCCUGUCGUCGGCUUCUUUGAUGCCCACGUGGAGUUCAACACCGGCUGGGCUGAACCUAUUCUGACCCGGAUGAAGGAGGAUCACACCCGCAUCAUCCUGCCCGCCAUAGACAACAUCAAGUACAACACGUUUGAGGUGCAGCAGUACGCCAACGCCGCCCAUGGCUACAACUGGGGGCUUUGGUGUAUGUACAUCAUCCCCCCGCAGGAGUGGCUGGACAAGGGCGAUGAGACAGCCCCUAUCAGAACUCCAGCUAUGAUUGGCUGCUCCUUUGUGGUCGAUCGAGAAUACUUUGGCGAGAUUGGUCUUCUGGAUCCUGGCAUGGAGGUCUAUGGAGGCGAGAACAUCGAGCUCGGCAUGCGGGUGUGGCAGUGUGGAGGGAGUAUGGAAGUCCUGCCGUGUGCCAGAGUGGCUCACAUCGAGCGCACCAAGAAGCCCUACAACAAUGACAUAGAUUACUACGCUAAGCGCAAUGCCUUGCGGGCCGCUGAGGUGUGGAUGGAUGAAUACAAAUCGCACGUCUACAUGGCCUGGAACAUACCCAUGAACAACCCUGGGGUUGACUUUGGGGAUGUCUCGGAGCGCUUGGCCUUAAGGAAGAGGCUGCAAUGUCGGAGUUUCCGCUGGUACCUUGAACACGUCUACCCAGAGAUGCGGAUCUACAACAACACCAUCACCUACGGCGAGGUGAGGAACAGCAAAGCUAGCGGCUACUGCCUGGACCAGGGCGCUGAGGACGACGACAAAGCCAUCCUCUACCCCUGCCACGGCAUGUCCUCCCAGCUCGCCCGCUACGCUACUGAGGGGCUUCUACAACUAGGACCCCUGGGGUCGACCACCUUCCUGCCUGACACAAAAUGCCUCGUCGAUGAUGGCAGAGGACGCACUCCCAGACUGAAAAAAUGUGACAUUGUCUCAAGGACUUCACAGAGGCUUUGGGACUUUACACAGAACGGCCCGAUCAUCAGCAGGGACACCGGUCGAUGCUUGGAGGUAGAAAUGUCCAAAGAUGCCAACUUUGGCCUUCGCCUGGUUGUCCAGAGAUGCUCCGGUCAGAAGUGGAUGAUACGAAACUGGAUUAAGCAUCCCAGACACUGAAGCCAGAGAACAACCUCUGAGACAGUUUGUGCAGUGUUUCAAGUUGCAGUUGGAUCUCAAACUGUGGACGGUUCAGAGAGGAGCAGGGGUUGGUGCUGCUAGUGUGUAGUAUUUCACACUACAGACUGCACAGCACACUAAGCUUUCCUCAGGCCACAGAGCUUAGUCUCCAACACCCAGUGUUAAAGAAGAAUCAGAUCAAUCCAUGUGUUCACAGAGACCUUAUGGCAAGCUGCGCUGUUUGAAAUGGCCCACAUUUCUGACAUUCAGCUACAUGUAUAGAACAGAGUUACAAGACACCUGAGUGCAGCCCCUGAAGGUGGGUCAAGAUCCUAGUCAUUAUUUUGUUUCUACUGUAAAACUAUCAGAUCAGAUGAGAAAGAGUGUGUGUGAGCGUGUGAGUGUUUAGUUCAGAGAGUGAAUUAGAGCAAAUCAAAUGCUGUCAAAUGCCACAUUAAAGUGAUUGUUUUGGGUUGUGAUUUGGAAGAUUGCUUUGGACAUAUUGUGCUGCACUGGCAGGACAUGUAACAGGCUUCACUGGGGCUGCCCAUCACCUGAGCGGGGGGCAUCUCACCUGCACUCACACAAACAGUUCUUUGUUUCUUUGGACUGUAUUGCUCACUGAGACCAGGAGCAAUCAUGUGCCUUUUUUUCUCAUUUCUCUGCUUAAUCUGACAAGGGAAUGUCAGUCCCAAAAGCAUGUACAAAAUUAUUUGAAAAAGUAUUAAUAUAUAAAACAAUGUAUAAAACAGUGUAAUGAUAGUAAUAUAUUGUAAAAAGUGAAGAAUUGAUAUCCGUCCGAUGAUAACAGUUAGGAUAAUAAAAUCGUUUUUUUGAUGA